CGGGCAACUUGUUUGGGUCCUAACUGGAGUGGGGAAGUCAGGGGGUUCUGCGCAUGCUCUUUCCUUUCCUGCUCAGGCCACCGAUCAAGCCGCAAAGAUGUUGAUGCCCAAAAAGGAUCGCAUUGCCAUUUACGAGCUCCUGUUUAAGGAAGGAGUGAUGGUGGCCAAGAAGGAUGUUCACAUGCCAAAGCAUCCGGAGUUGGCUGACAAGAAUGUGCCCAACCUUCAUGUCAUGAAAGCUAUGCAGUCCUUGAAAUCCCGUGGAUAUGUAAAGGAACAGUUUGCUUGGCGUCACUUUUACUGGUAUCUGACCAAUGAGGGCAUUCAGUACUUGCGGGACUUCUUGCACCUGCCCCCAGAAAUUGUCCCCUCAACUCUGAAGAGAAGCCGCCCAGAGACUGGCCGACCUAGGCCAAAGGGUCUGGAAGGUGAACGUCCAGCUAGGUUGUCACGUGGUGAGGCAGACAGAGACACAUACAGGCGCAGUGCCGCUCCUCCUGGUGCAGACAAGAAGGCAGAGGCUGGAGCCGGAGCAGCAACAGAAUUCCAGUUUAGAGGAGGAUUUGGCCGUGGCCGUGGACAGCAGCCUCCUCAGUAAACCAGAUUUUCAACCAUUUGUGUAUAAUAAAACUAUUUGGGACACAA